GGAAGUGAUCAGCGGAUCUCCCUGAUCUCUGGAUCGCAUAUCGUUAUACGCGCGUUGUUUGUUAUUGCCUUGUUAUUGUCGCUGACAGCAUUAUUGCAAAUAAUAUCCCAACUCAUCCAAGUGAAUACAAAAUAAUGUAUCUGCAAGAUACGAAAAGUAAACGCCCGCUUGCAAAGUGUUGUGUUUCGUUAUAACCCACAAACAAACAUCACCACCAAUGUUUCGGUUUCCGAGGAUAUUACUCAAAAUGCAUAAAUCACGGUUGUAAUAUGAACGCACACAAAAUAUUAUAAUACUCAAAAAAAAAAAAAAUCAAACACCAAAUUUUGUUUCCACCUUGAAUCAAUCUAUGCAAUAUUCAAAAUUCUUUCAAGUUUUCUGUUUGUUAUUUUGUUAUUAAAAAUCUCACGUGUUAAACAACAAGUUUUUCUUCAAAAUCUCAUUACUGUUUAAGUGUUUCUAUUUGAAAAGUUUGUUCAAAAUUGUUCUGCAACUUAUUACUCCAGUUCUUAAAACUAUAAUACACUAUUCUUAUAUUAUUUAACAAAAGCCAAAUUCUUUUAAAGCAAAGUAACGCUUAAUUAUUUAUUAUACCCUACUAUUACAUUUGAAUUAAGUUUUUGUAAUUACAUUAGUAUAUAACUAAGUUAGUUAUAAAAUCUUAUAAAAUUCAAUUCGAAAUUGCUGCCAAAAAAAACACUUUGGAUUAUACAAGAAAAUUGUUCAUCAAGGCUUCAAUUGUAUGUGAAGAAUCCUUAGGUGCUAAUUUAGUUGAUAAGCGCAAGCUGCAAAGAGAGGAAGAUAGAGAGCGAUAAACAGAAACAGGCAGUACAAUAAGUCAAUCGACUCGAGAGCUGGAAAUUCCGACUGGGUGGCAACUUUUCGAAGGCAGUGCUUAAAAGUAUGCUACAAUAUAGUGCCAGCGAUUGCCGACUGAGGCGAACCUAACAGAAUCGGCAUAUUUAUAGAAUAUAUACAGAAGAUAUAUACACGGAGCAAAGAGAGAGAGAGGAGAGAGAGAGCGGAGAAGAGAGAGGGAGAGAGUAAGAGUCAGGCGGAGAAUCGCCGAGGAAUCACGAUAGAACCGGCAGCGAAAUGUCCAAGUUCUUUGUGAAUGUUGCCCCCAUCAACAACAGCAACAGCAGCAGUAGCCACACAACCACCAGCAGCAACACCCAGCGCCACCAGCAGCACCAACAACACUAUGGCGGGAGCGGGACAACCGGCCACACGAUGGUGGCCCGCAGACUCAACUACGAUCUGCACGGCGGCACCACCAGCAUCAACAACAACAACAACAUUGUGAUCAAGAACGAGUCCGUCGACUUGGACUACGAUCACGUCCUGAGCAGCAGCGACAGCAACAGCAACGGCGGCGUGGCAGCCCACCUGCGGGAUCAUGUCUACAUCAGUCUGGACAAGGGGCACAACACGGGGGCAGUGGCAACAGCAGCGGCGGCGGCAACGGCGGGCCACACGCAGCAGCAACUGCAGCAGCAGCACCACCACCAAAAUCAGCAGCAACGCAAGGCGACCGGCAAAUCCAACGAUAUCACAAAUUAUUACAAGGUCAAACGUCGGCCACACGCCGUCAGCGAUGAGAUUCACCCGAAGAAGCAGGCCAAGCAGAGCGCCCACCACCAGACGGUGUAUCAGAAGCAUACGGCUAGCAGUGCGCCCCAGCAGCUCCGGCACAGCCACCACCAGCUGCGCCACGACGCGGAUGCCGAACUGGACGAGGAUGUGGUGGAGCGGGUGGCCAAGCCGGCAUCGCAUCACCCCUUUUCGCUGUCGACGCCCCAGCAACAGUUGGCUGCGUCGGUGGCCAGCAGUUCCUCGAGCGGAGAUCGCAAUCGGGCGGACACCUCGCUGGGAAUACUGACCAAAAAGUUUGUGGACCUGCUGCAGGAGUCACCGGAUGGCGUGGUGGAUCUGAACGAGGCCUCCAAUCGAUUGCACGUUCAGAAGCGGCGCAUCUACGACAUUACCAAUGUCCUCGAAGGCAUUAACAUCCUGGAGAAGAAGUCGAAGAACAACAUCCAGUGGCGCUGCGGGCAGUCGAUGGUCAGCCAGGAGCGUUCCCGUCACAUCGAAGCGGAUUCGUUGCGGCUGGAGCAACAGGAGAACGAGCUGAACAAGGCCAUCGAUCUGAUGCGCGAGAAUCUGGCUGAGAUCUCCCAGGAGGUGGAGAACUCCGGCGGCAUGGCCUACGUCACGCAGAACGACCUGCUCAACGUGGAUCUCUUCAAAGAUCAGAUCGUUAUCGUGAUCAAGGCGCCGCCAGAGGCUAAGCUUGUGCUGCCCAACACAAAAUUGCCGCGCGAGAUUUACGUGAAGGCGGAGAAUAGCGGGGAGAUCAACGUCUUCCUCUGCCAUGACACCUCACCGGAAAAUUCGCCAAUCGCGCCGGGCGCCGGCUACGUUGGAGCACCCGGUGCAGGAUGCGUCCGUACGGCCACCUCCACACGACUGCAUCCGUUGACCAACCAGCGACUGAACGAUCCGCUCUUCAACAAUAUCGAUGCCAUGAGCACCAAGGGAUUAUUUCAAACGCCCUACCGCUCGGCUCGCAACCUCAGCAAAUCGAUUGAGGAAGCCGCCAAGCAGUCCCAGCCUGAAUAUAAUAACAUUUGUGAUAUUGCGAUGGGCCAGCAUCAUAAUCUGAACCAGCAGCAGCAGCAGCAACAACAACAGUUGCUACAGCAGCCGGAGGAGGACGAUGUGGACGUGGAGCUGAACCAGCUGGUUCCGACACUGACGAAUCCUGUGGUCCGGACCCAUCAGUUCCAGCAGCACCAGCAGCCCUCCAUCCAGGAGCUGUUCAGCAGCUUAACAGAAUCCUCGCCUCCAACGCCCACCAAGCGGCGUCGGGAGGCAGCAGCCGCAGCAAUUGCCGCAGGCAGCUCAACAACAGCAACCACUACGCUUAAUAGUCAUAACAACAGAAACCACAGCAAUCAUAGCAACCACAGCAACCAUAGCAGCAGCAACAACAGCAAAUCCCAACCACCCACAAUAGGCUACGGCAGCAGUCAGCGACGCAGCGAUGUGCCCAUGUAUAAUUGUGCAAUGGAAGGCGCAACCACAACAUCUGCAACAGCAGAUACGACAGCUGCCACAUCGCGAUCGGCCGCAGCAAGCUCACUGCAGAUGCAAUUCGCUGCCGUCGCGGAGAGCAACAACGGCAGUAGCAGCGGCGGUGGUGGCGGCGGCGGCGGCUAUGGCAGCAUCGCUGGCGCUGGCGCCAACGCUGAUCCCCAUCAGCCGUACAGCCAUGACCGCAACAGCCUGCCGCCCGGCGUGGCUGACUGCGAUGCCAACAGCAACAGCAGCAGUGUCACGCUGCAGGGCCUCGAUGCUCUCUUCAACGACAUUGGCUCGGACUACUUCAGCAACGAUAUCGCCUUUGUGUCCAUCAAUCCGCCGGACGACAAUGACUAUCCGUAUGCGCUGAACGCGAACGAGGGCAUCGAUCGGCUGUUUGACUUCGGUUCGGAUGCCUAUGGACCCUAAGAGGAGACGUCCACGAACACAAUCACAACCACACACACACACACACACACAUGUCUACAAAAUUGGGAUUCUGGGGGUGUUUAUAAUUUUAAAUUAUAUACAAAUGGCAAAAGAAAAAAAAAGAUACAAAGCCAGCCAGCAAAUUAUUAAAUUAUUUGAUUGCAAAUACUAGAAGCCACAAAAAAUCCAAAAACAAAACACAAAAAAAAGCGAAUCAGCAAAACUUAAUGAAACUAAGUUGUGUGUACAAUUUUAAGCGUAAAAAUAUAUACAUUUAAAUUUAUAACCCAAACUAAUUUAAGCGAAACAAAACGAAAACACAAAAUCUACUUUACAAAAACUCAGCCUCACGAGAGAAAUAGGGAGAAGUCGUAGCAAGAAGAGCCACAUUUUAUAAGCAAAUUUUAAUUUUAGCCUUUAAAAGAAAGCAAAAAGAAUCAGGAAUACUAUUUAAACGAUUGGAUAACACACAAAAAAUGCGAAUACUUCCCUCUUAUCAAACAACUUUUUGGGCUAGAACUGUCUGUAAAUUAGUAAAAAUAAUACCAACACACACACACACACACACACUUAUAUAAUUUUAAAUUAUAAAACAAAAUAGUUGUAAAGCCAAUCAACAUUAAACAAUAAAAAGAAAAUCAAUUUCAAAUUGUAAAAUAUAUCGAAGACAUUUCAAAUUAAUAUGGAGCAGUAGUAGAAGAGGAAGAGAACACUCCUGGGCCCCCAACAAGAUGGCUUUGGUUCCUGUUUUAGUGACGCAUGCAACAGAAUCCUCUUCUCUUCAUUUGCUUGGAUUUAUCGAUUGAUUUUUAAUUAUAAUAUUAUUAAAGCUAUAACUAUGUAUCAUAAUUUGUUAUUGUUAUAAAAUUUAAACUGUAAACACACACAUGGGCCCAAUAGCAGUUUAUUCAUAGAAGCCAAAUCAUCCCACAAAACAAACAACCAACCACUUAACAGAGUCAACUACAAGUACAUAAAUAAUUAUUUAAACUCUCUCCUAGUAGUUAUAUAUUUAACUAAACGAUAGAUAAAAGCAACAAACAAAUGCAAAUCAUACAAUUGUAAAAAAAAAUCAAUAAAUAAACGAAGGAGAACCGCAACAAGCCGAAACCACUGUAUAAUUGUACGUUUAAUUUUUAUAAGAGAAAACACACUUGUUAGGUACUUUUCUUUCUUUCCAAAAACAAACACAUGAAAAAAAGAGAAAAUAAAUAUUACAAAAACGAAGGAAACUUUAAAAUAAACAAAAUAAAUUUUUAAAACCG